UUGUCUAUUGCUGGCAAAAUAUAACUGGUAAAACCCAUAUUCAUGGAAAUCAGAUAGACCAGAUGUAUAUAUAAACGGCAACAUUAUAAUCACAAGGACCCUUCAUCUGUAAACCUCAAAGAAGAAAACAAGAUAGAAGAUGGAGCUGCAUUUGUUUUGUUCUUUGGCGUUGAUGAUGAUUAAUCAGUUUGGUUGCCAUGGUGCAAAUUAUCAAGAAAAUAAAGUAGAGAGUUUCGAAGAAAGGGUUUUUGCCCAUGUUGCUAAUUUUACACCAGCAUUUGCAAAAAGUUCCUUGGAAGAUAGAAUGUAUGACUUAAACACUCGUUUUCUGUCAAUCCUGAUUAACAAAAUUGUGAAGGAUGAUGCAAAAAUAUGGAGUAAGCUUGAAGUUGAGAGGAGGUCAUACAGUGAAGCAAUUGAAAGCCUUAAAACUGAGUAUAAUGAGGAAAUUAAAACAGUAGAUAGGCUGCAAAGCGAGGUCAUCACCCUAGAAACGCAAACCGUGAGAUUGAAGGAAAGUGUGGAAGAUUUCAAAUCGAAGUACCAAAACAUGUUGGAUAACUAUAUGAAGCAAACCGAAACUAUCAAUGAACUUGAAUUAAAAUUGCGAAACACGGAGCAAACACUUGAGCAGAAAACACAAGAAUAUGUUGAAGUGGAAGAAAAGAAUACCGUAUUAAAAGAGAAGUACUAUAGGCAAGAGAUUACAACCAAGAUAACGGAAAAGAGAAUGGAGACAUGUGAACGGAAGCUUAAGAUAUUUGAAUCCGUUCGGGUACAGGCAGAGACUGCGGAGGAAUUUAUAGAAGUAUCCUUGAGGGAUAUUUCCAGAUUGAUUUACAAUAUGCAAUCUACAUUCUGGACGAAAGUUCAAAACUACUUUACAAAGCUAGAAGCAGAAUUCAAAACUGAAGUAACUAAGGUAAAGAAGACAGAGUAUGGAAAGUAUGGAAAACUAGUCAUGGAACAGAAGGAGGAGUUUGAGAGACAGAUUAGUUAUGUCUACAAAGAGAAACUGGAAGAUUCUAGAACAAUUUCCAAACUAAGAGAAGAAAAAAAUAUGCUUCAAGAGAAACUAGCAACAAAUAAACUACAAAUUGAGGAGUAUAAGUCAACAAUAGAGGUUACUUCUGAACAAACAGCCACUUUUGACAUAGUACUGAAUGUGAGACGUGAGGAAGAUGAAGGAUUACGUGAACAAAUUGACUUUUAUGAAGUUUUAACAGAAUUGGCUGAAGAAGAGGAAAGCAAAAUGACAGCUGAAAAAAUGACGAUGAGAUGGGAAGAUUUGAAGACAUGGUUUAGUCAAGAUCCUCCAGAAUUCAUAAGACAAAGACUUGAAUCAGCCAGAACCUUACUUGACAACCCACAUGAUCCUACGACAAGACAGGAGGCUGAUUUGAAAUCUUCUGAGGUUCAGGAAAGCCUAGAUCAGCAAAUGAAAAUGGAAGGCAAGGACCUCGAGUGAAACAUGUGAUUAGAAAGCCUAGAUCAACAAAUUACAGACAUGAAAAAAACCGAUGGAGACAUGUUAUCAGUCUAUUUUUUUUUUUUUAUAUUUUUAAUCUCCCCCCUUUUUUCAAAGUUUUCAAAUUAUUAUUAUGAUAUAUCUUUGUGCACAUAAACGCAAACAGUUUGACUGAUUUUUUAAACACUGAUUUUCAUUGAUGAAUGUUUUCCGAUUAUCCAUACAUGGGUAUAUUCCACAUUUAAUACCUAAUUUGUGUAAUAACAUCAAUAAUUUCCAAUUAAGAUUAUAACUCUUAUUUUUAUCAAUCACAUAUACAAAUUUCAAUGUUAAAUCAACACAUUGUAGUCAGUGAACCGAAUAUACGAUAAUCAUUAUGUAUUACGAUGAUGCUGAUCAUAGAUACCACCAGACGUAAUAUUGUGUACGCCAGACGAGCGUUUCGUCUACAAAAGACAAUGCUCAGUAAUGAUCGAAUAUAUAAAAAUAUGUAAAAAAAGAUCUAUUUGCUGACAACUGGGCUGUUGGUAUAUAUGUUAGCAGCAAUAAGUGAAAUUAUGCAUUAAGAUUAAAUCCUAGGCAAUAAGCUUAGGCCUAGGCAUUACAUAUAUUGCCUAAAUGAUGUUAGGCAUUAAUCUUAAAUCCUAGGAUUUAACCGGAAAUCCUGAAAAUUAUGUCCAGGCAUUAAUGCUAAUGCCUUAAAUGAAAAUGAGAGUAAAUAAAAAUAAAUGUAUUCAAAGUUAAAAUACAUAUGGUACAUAAUGAAAUAAGAAGAACUGAAGUUUGGGUGUCAAUUACAUGACAUAAAAUCAUAAGUAAAAUAUUGACGUUAACACUAUUUGAAUAAACCUCUUAAAUAUAGUUCCAUCUUACUUUGAUUGGAAAUCGAUCAACAUGAUUAAAUCAACCCGUCAGCUACUUAAAACUCUAUGGAUGAAACGGGUUUUACAACUACUCCCUUCCCUAUGGACAUUUUAUCAUGUUACAAUUUUCACAAAAUUGAAGAAAUAGUACAAUAGAAUCACGGAAAAUGUUUGCAAAGCUAUUUUGAGGUUGUUUACUACUACGCUCUAUAAUAAUAAUAAUCUACUUUGACAUAUUUUUAUGUGUUUUUUCCCUAAAUACCAUACAGUUCUUCUAGAAAAACAUAUACUUUGGAAUUUCCCUAAUCAUUCUAUUUAAGAAAUAAUUCAUGGAAGCCAUAGAUUUGUAGGAAAUUAACACGGCCCAGGCCAUGUGUAAAUUUACAACAAGUCUAUGGCUUCCAUGAAUUGUUUCGAUUCUAAUAGGACAUAUACGGUCAUUUAAAAACUGAAGCGAUGGUGGGUAUGGCGUAUGUGUGGCUGUGCUAUGUUACCCCCUAUUUGAUAAAGUUAAAAAAUUCUAAUAAAUCUAUAGCUUAUAUGCAUUAUUUCCUAAAUAACUGCUAGAAAAAAUGUGUUUAAUUCUUUUACUUUUCAACGUAAACAUUUGCCAUUUCUAAUUUACAUUUAUUUUCUCGUAAGCUAUCGUCAAAUCCACAGUUGACAUUUCGUAACUAAGGUGCCGUCGUGUUGACUUACUAAAAUCAGUAAAUGUGCGAAUAAUGCAACAGAAUAGAAAAUAAAACACUACCUACCUCAAAACUCCAUUUAAUGCAAUAUUAUCUGAAUUUGGAGGGUAAACACAACGGAAAAACCUUUAGCUUUGGCGUUUUCAUUCGUAUGACGUCAUGUUUUGAAAUCACUUUAAUGCGCCAAAAACAAAAAUGAAAUUUCGCGGAAUUUUAUUUUAUUUUGAUUUUGUACAUUUUUCCGAGCUGUAAUGCAUUAUUUGUUUUUGUUAAGCAUCAUAAUACGAAUUAAGGUUCUGUAGUAAUUUUUUUAAUUGCAAUGUUUUACACAGCGAAAUCGACAUAGCGUUUGCACAUAGGUGACGAUACAUGUGGAUUUACGUGGGAGGCAUAUUGUAACAGCCAUUUUUAUUGACUUCUCUGAGUCUGCGCUAAGUAUUGAUAUAUAGAGAUUUUAUCACGGUGUUGUUUACAAAGCAAAAGAAGCACGUCAUACUAGAAUAUACUUUAGUUACAAUAAAGUCUUUCAAACAUCCUUUGGUAAAAUGUCAUACCAUUUCAAAUUUUAAUAGUCUAUAGCUGCAUUAUUUUCUGAUUUCGAAAGUUCAAUCUUUGCAAAAUACUAGUUAUCAUUGUACUUUUGCAUUAUGUUUAUGAUCUUUUUUUUUUCGCUGACUUAAAUUUAUAUUCCGCAAAGAUUCAAGAAAUUUGCAGUUGCUAUUAUACGUUCAGGUAUUUCACAUCCAAUCUUUUAUUGUAAUAUUCUUUACAAAGCACAAAAAAGUCGGCAUUCACCUCAAAAGCUAACCAAACCUUUAAACAGACUUAUUCAGAAGGGAUAUAGUUACGAUACUGUUGUCAGGUCAUUGAAGAUGGCAUAUUUUUGUCCUAUAUUCUCUGUCCUAUAUGUUCUCCCAAUUUUUUGUAUUGUAGUCCUGUCAUGUAAUGUUGUCAUUUUAAUGUUAUAUUUAACAUUGUCAUAAAAGCGGGAGGUUUGGCUAGCCACAAAACCAGGUUCAACCCACCAUUUUUUUCUUAAAAUGUCCUGUACCAAGUCAGGAAAAUGGCCAUUGUUAUAUUAUAGUUCGUUUCUGUGUGUUUUACAUUUUUAUGUUGUGUUUCUGUUGUGUCGUAGUUCUCUUCUUAUAUUUGAUGUGUUUCCCUCAGUUUUAGUUUGUAACCCGGAUUUGUUUUUUUCUCAAUCGAUUUAUGAAUUUCGAACAGCGGUAUACUACUGUUGCCUUUAUUUGGUAUUAAUAUUGAUUCACUCAUAGGGUCUUUACAUCGGAAAUAACACAUUUGUUCUAAAACCAGUUGUUGGCAUGAUACGGGUUAUGUUCUUCUCAUAUAUUUUAUGAUGGUAUGAUACUAAACCCCUAACGGGAGGGAUUGUGCUUGAUUUUCAUAUGAUGAAGACAUAAUCUAUCAAUCAGUUUAAUUGAAGUCUGGAGCUAGCAUGUCAGUAACUGCUAGUAGUCCUUUGUUAAUGUGUGUAUCAUUGUCAUUUUGCUUAGUUUCUUUUGUUACCUAUUCUGACAUCGGACUCUGACUUCUUUUAAAUUGAGUUUUACUGUGCGUAUUGAUGUGUGUUUGUUUAUUCUACAUUGACUAGAGGUAUAGAGGGAGGGUUGAGAUCUCACAAAACAUGUUUAAACCCGCCGCAUUGUUGCGCCUGUCCCAAGUAAAGAGCCUCUGGCCUUUAUUAGUCUUGUACGUUUUUUUAAUUUUAGUUCAUUUAUAUGUUUUGGAGUUUAGUAUGAAGUCCAUUUUUACUGAACUAGUGAACUGCCUCCGGGUGCAGGAUUUUCUCGCUGUGUUGAAGACUCGUUAGUGGCCUUCGGCUUUUUUCUGCUCUUUGGUCUGGUUGUUGUGUCUUUGACAUAUUCCCCAUUUCCAUUCUCAAUUUUAUUAAUCAAGAUUAAGAAGUGAAAAGAUAAGAAGGGUAUUUAAGAAAUAUCUUCAUAUCCAAUAAAACAGAUUGAAAGAUGAUAUGACUGGCAAAAUUUCAUAUCUAAAGUUGACUAAUUUUGACCAGCUCAAACCGGCUCGACCACUGAAGAGUAAUACAAAAAAAAAAUUAGUUCUGUUAUGAAUACAAAAAAUAAUGAAAAUUUAAGAUGUUUUUAAAAAGGUUUAUACUAAUUUUUGGAAUAUAAUUUUAAAAAUAUUAUGCAUCAAGAAUAUUUCACCGACUGCACAGGUAUUUUGAAGAUAAACAAAAAUCACAACGUUAACUUAUUGCUUGAUAUGAUGAUUGGCAAUAGGUUGAAUAAUCAUCAUCAAAUUUCAGGAAAUAAGCUUAAUGCCUGAAAAUUUCAGGCAAUAACUUAAUGCCUAGACGUUAGCUUAUUGCCUUGGAUUUCACCUUAAUGCAUAAUUUCUUAUUGCCGCUAACAUAUAUAAAGUGCAUUAUACUUAUUGAUAGUAAAAGAAUUUAGGCCCUAAUAUAAUGAUAUUUUAUAAGGAUUUUUUUUUUCCAAAUUAUUUUCAUGGUAGUUAUAUUGAUUUGUUCCUGAUAUAAUUUGCUUCUAUAGAUUUAUAAUUUCGUAAGACGAACUAUCAGUAGUUGUCGAGUGUUGCUAUAUAUAUAUAUAUAUAUAUAUAUAUAUAUAUAUUAAUCUGUCGUAGCGUUGUCACUUGUUUAGACGUACUUAAUAAUUAUUUCUGUGACUGUAUCUAACGAUCCUUUACGAUAGAUAAUUUAGCUAAUCUUCAAUCAAUUCCAUCUUCUUGCCUAAUAUAUCAUGUACUAUGUUACAACUCUAGAUUCUACUGACGAGGAAAGGUAACACUAGGCCACCGAAACCUGAAUUUUUAAGUCCGUCUAGGUGGUCGAGUGGUAUAGAGCGCUGGACACAGUGCAGGCGGUGUUAUCUCGAUAUCCCAAUAACGUUGAGUUCGAAUCCCGGCAAGGGAAGAACAAAAAUUUGCUUCCGCAAAUUUGCAGAUUUAACAUUGUUGUGCUGAUAUUUAGAGUCCUUAUGUAUAGCUUACUGUAUACGUAUUUCUAUUGAAGACCGAAAAUUUACCUAUAGUUGCUUAUAUUUUAAUUAUUUAGUCCCUGGUCAAUGUUUGUCUGAUUAGCUACCAUACCACAUUUUCUAAUUUUUAUAUUUGGUUCCUUGUAUAAUUUUUAUCAUAUUAAUUUUUUUUUCAAAUAAAACAAAAUAAGUCUCAAGCAUUAGUUUUAUUUCUAUAUUUUCCAAGGGUAAAUGUUUACCCAUCUUAUUUGAUAUGCAUGGAUAAAACCAAAUUAUAUAUGUAGUAUGUUUCGACUAAAAAACAUCAAAAACUACAAUUAUGUGUGUCAUUGGGCUUUGCUUAAACUCUAUAUAUUAUUCUGUACUGAGUCGUUUAGAAUGUUUUGUAAUAUAUAAUCGCAAAAUAUGUGUAUUCUCUCAAUUACAUUUUGUAUCGAUAAUUAUAUACCAAUUGUUCACCUAUUUCAUGUUUGAACUUUUAUUAUUCCAAAUGUUACACAGAUCCUUUGACCUUUUGGGGGAUUUAAAGAUAAAUUUAUAAUGACGGCAUAAAUUAAAUAUUUUACUUUCUAUAAAUUAUUGAAGAAUAAAAUAAAAACUGGCCACCACAUCAUAUCCAAAAGUAGAGUCAAUCAAUCAAUCAAUCAUGCUAUUUUUAGUCCAAUUUAAUACUUGUUUUUUAAAAAGAAAGAGUGAAACAACAUGUAAUUUGCAAUGUUACAAUGUCUCUUCUAACUUUAUCUGGUUAGUUAUUCAUAUUAAAAAAAGAAGCUUUUUAAUGUCGGUCAUGCGUUUAAUAUAUGUAUUAUUCGGAUUAGAUAUAGAUGAGAAUAAAUGAUUUGAUUUGAU